AAGGAUGGCGGAUUGGGGUGAAGUGACGAGGUUUUUUUCGUAAUUUUGCAAGCACCAUCUCUUGGUUCAAUUUCCGGCACAGCUUAGGUGGUCUCCCAUGGCGGUCGUCGCUUCCCUAAACUCGCAGCAGCUCUUCCCUCCUUUCCCUUCUCUAAAUUCCCGUUCCUUCAUUCACCCCUUCAGUCCAAGCCCUAGUGCGAAGCUUCGAACUUCCUUCAAGUUCCGGUCAAUAACUAGCGAGCUCAGGAGCAACUCCGACUCGAGCACUUCACCAGAUGACGAGGCGAGCAGUUUAGGAGUUAAAGCUGCGUUGAGUAUGCUCAGGUUCUACAAGAGGGAGAUAUCGCCAAUUCUGCCGAAGAGUUGUCGGUACGUGCCGACGUGUAGUGAGUACUCAAUGGAAGCCUACAAGAAGUAUGGGGUUGUUAAGGGCACCAUCCUGUCGGCUUGGCGUAUCUGCCGUUGCAAUCCUCUUGGUGGAUCUGGUUUUGAUCCCCCGCGCUGGUUUGGUGAAGAACGUCCAUCCAAAGAAGAAUAAGAGUUUAUUAUAUUGGCUUCUCUGCCAACAGACCUCUGAGUAUAGCGUAUGAUUUUGGCCCUCCUGUUUCGUAAUUGCAGCUAAUAUUGAACGCUUUAUGGUCCAUCAUCGUCCGACUGAGUGUAUUAUUUGCUGUCUUAUGGAUCUAUCAGGGGAGUUGCGAUUUCGAACAGGUCCAUCCCAAUACCAUUGCUUGCUGGAUGUCAGGUCUCUACGGCAUAAGUCCUCCAGAGUCCUCCUGCCAUCCCCAACAUGAAGGAUUUCGCACGACCAAGAUUGUCAAAGAACAGUCUAAAUGGAACUUCUUGACCGCUGGGAAACGAAAAAGGACUCAAUGAUUUUAUUUGCUAAAAUAUUGUGGAUGAUGGAGUUAUGCUUCUCGUUUGGAAAGACAAUGAGCUAAGCAAAUUCAAAGAU